GGGGUCAAUUCGCUGAACACUGGUGCACACCACAUCGUUGAUCAAAAAGCGCUGAUUCUGAUCGGUUCAGUAAACAUCCAUCAUGAUGAUGCUGUUAUAAACUUCAAUAGUAAGGCACUUUCAAGUGCAUCAAAGGCCAUCCGAUUCAAUGAAGAAUCACUUUAUUUCGAGAGUUUGACAGUUUGCGAAGUGCUCUAUUUAGGUCUCAUCGGCUUGAAUGAAGCUCGAUUUCAAAUUUUCAAAGCACUCAAGCUCACUCAUAGGUUUAGCCCUUCACCGAUCUCAUCCGUUCAGCAAUCAGCGUGUCGACCGUCGUAUGAUACGUACUUAACGAUGCGUUUCAUUCAUUACGCCCUUACAUCACCCGGAGUGCGCUAUCGCCUAACAUUCGAAGCUCUCACACGUACGACCAAAGUUUUCAUCAGUGCUUUUAUUCCGGAACUCAGCAAGCUUUCAAUACCAUUCAAAAUUCAGAACUUAACGGUGGAUAAAGAAUCGUUAGCGAUUCGAAGCAUUCGAUUGGUGAACAUCAACGAACCGCGUGACGUCUCCAUAGAGCCCUAUCAACCGAACGCAAUGCUUGUUAAGAUAAAGAAUUUCGCUCUUUCAAUGGAAUGCGACUUGAAUGGUGUUAUGAAUGAUAAAUUACUGGACGGUCGACUACACUUACACUCGAAUCGAACAUCGAUGAAUUUGUUGAUUCGAAUCAGAAAACACCCGACAGCGUUAGCACCAAUUAUUGAUCUCCGAGAGUGUCAUACGUAUACGGAUAAUGACUACACUAGCAAUAAUAGCAGCAAUCGUUUGAAGUUAACCACUGAAUUUAUGCCUUCGAAUAGCAAUUCAGUUGUUGAGCCAGUGAUAUCAGAAAAUGCAGAAAAUUUCUUCGAUUCAGUGCUUUGCACGUAUAUUGACUGGAUCAUUGAUCGUAAAAUCAACAAGCGGUUCGUGCGCACGAGCACAUCAGUUUCGCUGGCGAAACUCGCGCAAAUCGACCCCAAGCAUUCGGCUUUGGCCGCAUUGUCGAGGAGAUACCAUAAGGCACAUCAUCGUAAAGGGUGA